AUGCCUUUGCUUAUUGGUAACUGGUGGGUGCUCCUCCAAUCUGGACGCCAUGCCUCCUCACCCACCGACCACAUGCAGGACCACAAGUUUGGACCCUGGACAGUGCACGCAAGCGAGGUCUUCGCCACCUCUAGCCUCUCCUUUGCCUUUGUGAACUUGAAGCCGAUUGUGCGGGGGCACGUACUCAUCUCGCCACGGCGUGUGGUCAACAGAUUCACGGAGCUCACCUCCGACGAAGUGGCCGACAUCUGGCACCUCGCCCAGAAGGUCAGCAGCCGGCUGGAAGCCCACCUGGGUGCGAGCUCCCUGACCCUUACCAUCCAGGACGGUCCCCAGGCAGGACAGACCGUGCCACACGUCCACAUCCACAUCCUCCCCAGGCGGGCUGGGGACUUUGAGAAGAACGACGAGAUCUACGACGUCAUCGAAGCCGCCUCCAAGGAGUUUGUGCGCGAGAAGCAGGGGGAGGCUGCUCCCCAGAACUCCAGCCAGAAGGUGGACGCAGACGCGGAGAGGAAGUCUCGCACCCCGCAAGAAAUGGCGGCGGAGGCUGCUGAGCUGCGGACCCUGUUCUGA